AUGGAGGAUGAUUACUACUACGAUGAUGACGGGGGCUACGACGAGUACUACGACAACGGCGCCGACGAAGUGGUCGACGUGGACCCGUUAGAGGUCAAGUAUGUGGAUGGUAAGAGCUUCAUGCAAAGCAACGUGGGGGAGAGCCUGCGGUGCCUGCAGGAAGUCAUGGCCGAAGACAACGAGCACGGGAAGUGGACCUUCAAGGCACUGAGGAUGCUCGCGCGUGCCUCUCGUAUCGCGAAGAAGUACGACGCUAUGACGGAUUACUACACGCGGGUCGUGCACUUUACCCACCCUGACAUUGGCGCUGCUGCGGUGGCGAAGGCAAUGCUCAAGUUCACCGAGGAGAGCCAGCAGGUGCCAGCAGAGUGGCGAGGGCGUACCCUGCAUGUUACGCUGGAGGUGGCUACCGCGCAACCAGAGUCCUAUCGGGAUGUCAUAGUGCCCACCCUCCUGCGCCGUGCCACCCUUUUUGUAGAGGAAGCCAAGUACGAGGAGGCUCUUCUGGACUUGCAGGCGGCGCUGCAGAAGUGCGAUGAAUCCGGUGUCACCACAGCCCAGGUCAACACCAACUCUGUGUACCACAUCCGGAGCCUUCAGCUUACUGUGUAUCGCAAGCUCAGCCGCUACGCAGAGCUGCGUCGUGCCUACUAUGAGCUAGACAGGGUGCAGGCGGCGCUGCCGUCGUUGCGCAUGAUUGGCAGUGUCAUGGAGUCGGCUGGGCACCUGUUCCUGCACGACGCGGACUGGGCCGCAGCUCACCGCGCAUUCUCUUUGGCGCUGCGUUGCCACACAGAGAGCGGUUGUGCGCAGCAGUACAGCGUGAUCAAGUAUAUAGUGCUCGCCGCCAUUAUGGAUGGGACUCCCACGGACGUGUUUGCGCAGGAGGAGACGCUGGCGAAUCACUCGUCCGUUCGCCCAGUACGUGCUCUCUGGCAAGCCUUCAUCGCAUUGGACAUAUCGACCUUUCUGCACGUGUUGCGCGCCCCUGCUAACGCGGUGUGCUUCACAAAAGACGAGGAGUUUGCGCCCUACGUGGAGCCAAUGAUGUUCCAGCUGCGCACCAACUACCUCAUCUCUUACUCCAAGAGCUUUGGCACGCUGUCGCUUCUGGAGCUCGGUGCUCGGUUGCAGCUGCAAGAGCAGCCGUGCAAGGAGUUAUGCACGAGUGCCAUCUUACUGGGUCUCAUCGACGCUCGCAUAGACGAUUCGCGGAAACUGCUGCUGUUUCAACGUGCAUCGCGCACCGUGCCUAGCAGCGUGGCGGUAUUGCGAGACCUGUCUGGCAUGACGAGUGAACUCUGCUGCAUGUACAGGUAG